AAUUGCUUCUAUCGAUUCUAUCGAUUAAUAUCAGACGAGUUACAGUCACACGUAUACGUUAUAUUUAAUUUAAAGCACACAAUACGAUUGACAUGGCUCCCGGCAUUCGCUUUUUCAUAACGACGCCUCGUAAAUUUGUUUCAGAAAUUAAAAUUGGACUGUGAAUGGAUCUAGUUACGGAUGUCGGGGAUUUCAUGGUAGCGUGUUGUGAGGUGAGGUAUGUGGUCCAGUGUAUGGUGAGCUGCAGGACGCCUUUUUAAUUAUAAUCAGGUUUUUUUGUGACCUCGUUGAUGAUUUGAUGGUGGCGUAACAAUGAUACAGGAUAUUGAGAUAUGUUUUUUUUUUUUCUUUUGGGAAAAGAGCAUUUGUUAUAUUUUUUUUAAUGUUUCGAAAAGUUGUCCUUGUCUUGUUAGUCCCUAAACUGCAUGGUACAAAAUUGACGAUAGAGCCUAUUUUAGCUUCCACAAAAACAUUGUGCCAAGGAGUCGAACUCAAUGUAGUUUGUCAAAUAACUGGAUUGAAUAAAUUAUCACUAAACGUACCAGAAGGGUCAACAAACUCCAUUUCGAUUUUUUAAUACCUACUAUCCACAAUUUGUUGUAGGUAAGCUUUUCAAAUAAAACUUUUUUGUAUGAACUGAAACAAUAGUAGAUAGUGUAGCUAAAAAAAUAAGUAUCAUUUACAUUACUAUCGCCAUAGACCCACGUGUAAUGAAAUUUCACUCACUAAGACACGCGUAAAGGGAAGGUAUGAAGUUUAAAAACCUGCCUAUUUAUUUUAAUACAUAGAUAAACAAUAGAAAAAACAUGUUUCCAACAUAAAUUCUAUACAUUGUACCAACAUACCAAAGUCAAGUAUAAGUUACGCAAAAAAACAAAUUAGCAAAAACAAUUGACUAACAGUAACUAGCAAAAGUAAUUAGUAUUGAAUAAAUGCAAAUCGAUCCGUCUCUAAGUUUACACAAAGUUCUACAACAAACUCGUAAAUAACCGAGAACUUAUCUGCGAGCAAUUAAAAAAGCUAUUCAAUAAUUAUUGAAUACAAACAAAAACUUAUGACGUGCAAGUUCAAUUAGUGUGUGUGGUGUGGGAGGCUUCGCGGGGCGACGGCGGCCGCCAUCUAGCGGGCGUCAGCGCCGCCCACCGCCGCCUCGCGCGCCGCCAACGGCCUCGCGACCACAUGUCGCUUAUGAAUAUGAGGCGUUAUGAUUAUGAAAAUAUGCCCCGCCCCGAAUAUGGAAUAUGGAGGAGGGGGGCCCGUGAAGCGCGUGCGAAUGGGCGAAGUUUGAUUUAUGAGCCGGGCGCGGCCCCGCCUCCCUGUCAUAACCGUAUACCUGGUGCGCGCGCGCGCUGCCGCCCGCCGCCCGCCGCUCGCCUCGCGCUCAGUCCCGCUUCAGAUGGCGAGUGGUGCGCUCGGUCACACGCCGCGUCCGCUCCGCUCAGUGUACUUCGUCCGAGGCGAGUAGCCGGCCCGCGAGUGCGCCCCGAGGAGCCCUGCGCCUGCCAUGCGCCGGCCCUGAGCCGAGUCCGCAGCGCCGCACCAUGCCGCGCGUCAAGCCCUCCUGCGUCCGCCGCGUCUCCAUCGGUACUUAACGUUCCUACGACAUCUCACCAGUCACCACAUCACACACGACGUCUCCGCCACAUCCGACGACCUGUGACCCCACUCUCAGGAGGAAUAAUUUGUGUUUUUGUCGAUACGUUAUUGUUGAAUCCACGAUUUGAUAUUCGUACCGAUAAAAUGAUUCAGUUAGCGACGAUAAAAUUCGGCAUACAUGACAAAGUGAGCACUAAAAUUCGUCACCAACGGGGUGAAAGUUCGGGCUCGUGUUCCGAAGAAGAUAUUAACAAUGCGUGUGAUGAAACGAGAGACCGGCCUGAAGCGCACAUGUGUCCGCGCUGUCAGGAACAGUUCGAAAACCUUCAUGAGUUUCUGUACCACAAGCGACUUUGCGAUGAGAAAGCAUUGCAAAUGGGCGAGGAACGAAUGCAUUCUGAUCCCGAGGAAAUGGUCGUUUCUGGCGACGAAGAAAUGGAUGGACCUAACAAACGUUUAGAACAAGUCCGACGGCAUCGACAAGAUGCGGAGAAUAAUAACAGCCUCGAAGAUGGCGAGGCAGAAGUGCCUGAAGCCGACGUGCCGCCGGUCGGGUUGCCCUUCCCGGUGGCCGGACAUGUCACGCUCGAAGCUUUACAAAAUACUAAAGUAGCCGUAGCGCAAUUCGCCGCGACAACAAUGGCAAACAACGCAGAUAAUGAAGCGGCGCUACAUGAACUGGCCGUGCUUCAAAGCACGUUAUUUACGCUCCAACACCAACAAGUGUUUCAGCUGCAAUUAAUACGCCAAUUACAAAACCAGCUAUCAUUAACGCGGCGAAAAGAUGACCAGCUCCCGAGCCCGCCACCGAGUGAACCAGAGCCGGCGCAAGCGGCUCCCGCUCCGUCGCCGUCACCGCCGCGUCCGCCACGGGAGCCCACUCCUGUCGCUCCCACUCCCCCUACUAGUCAAAGCUUGCCGUCAACCCACUCGCAUCUUACACCUAAGACGGAACCAAUUACCGUUCCCAAACUCCCGACCUCAUCUCCUCCGAUGAUGUCCCAUCCACCUUACAGCUCCAUUUCCUCGUCGUUAGCGUCUUCAAUUAUCACAAACAACGACCCACCACCGUCUCUCAACGAACCUAAUACGCUUGAAAUGCUACAAAAGAGAGCACAAGAAGUGUUAGACAAUGCAUCCCAAGGUCUGCUAGCUAAUAAUCUUGCCGAUGAACUUGCUUUCCGUAAAUCGGGAAAAAUGUCACCCUACGAUGGAAAAUCAGGAGGAAGAAAUGAACCCUUUUUCAAACACCGUUGCCGUUACUGCGGAAAAGUAUUUGGAAGCGACUCUGCGCUGCAAAUCCACAUUCGAUCACACACAGGUGAAAGACCAUUUAAAUGUAAUGUAUGUGGAUCACGAUUUACAACCAAAGGGAAUUUAAAAGUACAUUUCCAAAGACACACAGCAAAGUUUCCUCAUGUCAAGAUGAAUCCUAAUCCAGUGCCAGAACAUUUGGAUAAAUACCAUCCCCCACUGCUAGCGCAAUUGUCGCCGGGACCAAUUCCUGGAAUGCCACCACACCCACUUCAGUUCCCUCCGGGUGCGCCAGCUCCUUUCCCGCCAAGCUUGCCGUUAUACAGACCCCCGCACCACGACUUACUGCCGCCACGUCCGCUCGGAGACAAGCCUCUACCACCUCACCCACUAUUUACAAUGCGAGAGGAACAAGAUGCUCCGGCUGAUCUCAGUAAACCAUCCGCGCCGAGCCCUUCUCGAUCAGCACCCGAGGUUAAGUCUGAACCACAAGACGAAGACUGUCACCGAGAAUCCAGUUUUGAAGAUACAGACCGCGUGUCUCCUAAGCGAGAACUUGAUGAAAACGACGCGACUCAAGAUCCAGAACAAGACCGAUACCCGUCUACAUCGCCCUACGACGACUGCAGCAUGGACUCGAAAUAUAGCAAUGAAGAACAAAUCGGCAGAGAGAGUCCUCAUGUGAAGCCCGAUCCAGAUCAACCGGAAAAUCUCUCAAGUAAGAAUUCACCGAUAUCCGGGCCAAUUUCAAUAGCAACGGGACUGCGUACUUUUCCUUCGUAUCCUCUUUUCCCUCAGUCACCACCCAGUAGUAUAUCCUCAGGUAGUUUAACUCCUUUUCCUAACACUAUGCAAAACGUCGUUGAUGUAGAUCUGGCACGUGAUCCCGUAUUUUAUAAUUCACUCUUGCCUCGCCCAGGCAGUAAUGAUAACUCUUGGGAGAGUUUAAUAGAAAUAACGAAAACUUCUGAAACAUCAAAGCUCCAACAGUUAGUCGAUAAUAUAGACAAUAAAGUCUCUGAUCCUAACGAAUGUAUUGUAUGCCACCGCGUUCUCUCUUGCAAGAGUGCCUUACAAAUGCACUACCGUACGCACACGGGCGAAAGGCCUUUUCGAUGUAAAUUGUGUGGCCGUUCUUUUACGACUAAAGGUAAUUUGAAAACGCAUAUGGGCGUUCAUCGCAUUAAGCCGCCAGUUCAAAUGUUACAUCAAUGUCCAGUUUGCCAUAAGAAAUUUUCGGAUCCUACCAUAUUACACCAACAUAUAAGACUUCACACAGGCGAGCGCGCCCACGUCCCUUACGAUCAAAUCAGAGGUAUUGAUAUUGAGGGUUUUCCAUCUCUAAGUAACGGGUCAGACGUCAGCGACUAUCAAGCUCAGCGUCCCUUCCCGCGCCCGAUGUUCCCUACUCCGACCACUCCCGGCGACCGACGGGCGGACUCCCGCGGGACCGACGAUGAGAGCGGCCGGGACGAGCGCGAGCCCGCUAUUCGGGAGUUCGACGACGACUUAGACAUGAAGGAUCGUCGAACUUCGCCGCUCUCCGUCUGCGCCUCGGCGUCCGAAAGCGAAAUAAAAACCAUCACCACAACGGCUUCCCUCCCAUCGGCGACAGGUUCGGAGAGCGGGCGCAGCGCGCGGGCCUCACCACCUUCGCCCACCAUGUCGACGCUGUCGACGCCGCCGCGGCUGCCGCUGCACUCGCCGCUGCCAUCGCCGCCCACGCCUAUCGCCGCACUUGGGGCGCUCGGAGGAUCGCCCUUCAGCCCGCUCGGACUUGCGUUUCCUCCCGCAGUGCGCGGCAACACGACCUGUAACCUCUGCUACAAGACGUUCGCCUGCAACUCCGCCCUGGAGAUACAUUACCGGAGCCACACCAAGGAGCGACCCUUUAAGUGCACCGUCUGCGAUCGCGGAUUCUCCACAAAGGUUUGUCUCUUAAACCUCUUAUUUAAUCAUACCCUUUGAUUUACCCUGUUUAUAUUUGUGUACCUACUACCUCCCCUCUGUUUUGAAGUGUUAAGAUUUGAUAAAGCUUAGGUACCAACAGUAAAUUUGAACAUACUUAGCGAGUGAUGUAUCCGUGUUCAACACAAUAGCGUGAUAUGACUAUCGUGUAAUAGUCACGUACCUACAAGCUCAUAGCUCAGAUUGAGUGACUUUGGCUUUUAGCCAGUUCAUACUUUAUUGUUACACAAAUAGCGAGACGAACGAGUUUACGACAUUUUCACUAAUUUUCACUACAUCUAAAGAAAUUCAUUGAUAAUAAAAUCGUUUGAAGACAAAAUACUAGCUUUACUCUGCAGCGCUACCUAGUUACAAGUAGGUUAACAGUUACUAUAAUUUUGCUUCUUGAUUUUGCGAUAAAACUAAAAAAAUAUGCUUUUAAAUGACUCUACACUAAUUGCACAUUCAAAUAUAAAACGAUAUCAUUAAAAGAAACAUAAGAAAUCCAAAAGCGAUAAACAUUUCAAUUACGUUAUGGUACGUUAUAAAUAAUACCUACAAUUCCUUUGAACUCGGUCCUGUUAAUAACCUUAUAAAUCUGCAUGU